CUUGACCUGAAAGGUUGUCUGCUAGCUAUAUGCUAGACUACAAUAUUUAAGCUUUUAAAUCGUAGUCACCACCCUAUUUCCUGAUUUUGCAAACAUGAUGGGAUCUAGAGGGAGGUUGCUGCACUGUGCCUGCAGAAGUGGUUUUCAACAACUAGUUCGAGGAAAGGCCUCACAAGCAGCAGCUGUCAAACCUUUCGUGUACCAAGACAUGUUACAAUUUGAAAAUCAACCUGACAUUAACUGGAAAAAACUUACUGGUGACCAUGUAUCAACAUUUGAAGUAAAAGGAAAGAAAAUGCUGCAUGUCCAACCUGAAGCUCUGACUUUGAUUGCUGAGCAGGCAAUGGUAGACAUUGCACAUCUUCUUCGUCCGGGCCACUUACAGCAAUUGGCCAACAUUUUGAGUGACCCUGAAGCAUCCAACAAUGAUAAGUUUGUAGCCUUAGAAUUACUGAAAAAUGCCAGCAUAGCUGCAGAUAUGGUCCUGCCAGGAUGUCAAGAUACAGGCACAGCAAUCUGUAUGGGCAAGAAGGGUCAGUAUGUAUGGACAGAGGGUGGAGAUGCUGAGGCAUUAUCUAAGGGAGUCUAUAACACAUACCUGAACAGAAAUCUCAGAUAUUCACAGGUGGCGCCACUGGAUAUGUACAAGGAGGUUAAUACAGGCACAAACUUGCCUGCCCAGAUAGAAAUCUAUGCAACAGAAUCAGGCCAGUAUGACUUCCUGUUUCUCGCCAAGGGCGGUGGUUCUGCCAAUAAAACCUUUCUCUACCAACAAACUAAGGCCCUCCUUAACCCAGAAAAACUCCUCAGCUUUGUCAAUGAAAAAGUGAAGACACUAGGUACUGCUGCCUGUCCCCCGUACCACCUGGCGCUGGUCAUUGGUGGUACAUCAGCGGAAUACAAUCUAAAGACGGUCAAACUGGCAUCUACAAAAUAUCUGGACACUCUUCCCACGUCGGGGAAUGAACAUGGUCGUGGAUUUCGAGACUUAGAAUUAGAACAGGAGAUACAUAAAUUAACACAGCGCCUUGGUAUUGGGGCCCAGUUUGGUGGAAAAUAUUUCUGUCAUGAUGUGCGUGUAAUUCGUCUACCUCGACAUGGUGCCUCCUGUCCUGUAGGGUUGGGAGUAUCAUGCUCAGCUGAUAGGCAGAUUGUUGGUAAAAUUACAGAAGAAGGAGUAUUUUUAGAACAGCUGGAAACAAAUCCAUCGAAAUACCUACCUCAGAUUGAAGAGAAAGACCUAAGUGAAACUGUUAUAGAAGUAAAUUUAAAUCAACCGAUGAAUGAGAUGUUGUCACAGCUGAACCAGUACCCAAUCAGAACUCGUCUUACUCUGACAGGGACCCUGAUUGUGGCAAGAGACAUCGCACAUGCCAAACUGAAGGAACGACUUGAUAGUGGAAAUGGACUUCCCCAGUACAUCAAAGAUCAUCCAGUGUAUUAUGCUGGUCCUGCAAAGACUCCAGCAGGUUAUGCUAGUGGAUCAUUUGGCCCCACAACUGCUGGAAGGAUGGAUUCUUAUGUCGACCAGUUCCAGGCAGCUGGAGGCAGCAUGGUCAUGUUGGCAAAGGGCAACAGGAGUCGAGAGGUGACUAAAGCCUGUAAAAAACAUGGUGGAUUUUACUUGGGGUCAAUUGGAGGUCCAGCGGCUAUUUUGGCUGAAAACUGCAUCAAAAGCGUGGAAGUCAUGGAAUAUCCAGAAUUAGGUAUGGAAGCUAUAUGGAAAGUAGAAGUUGAAAAUUUCCCAGCUUUCAUUGUGGUGGAUAAUAAGGGAAAUGACUUUUUUAAGGAAUGGCAGGUGGAAUAAUGAUUCUACCCAGAUACAUAAGGAUGUCAAAAUUCAUAUCUAACUGUGAAGGAAUUAAAAACAAGCCCAUGUUGAUGGGAGAUAUUAAAUAUUUUUAUAAUAAUUUGGGCAUACUAUGCACAAUUACUGCACUAAAGUUAGAUAUGUCAUCAAAUGUGCAGCUAAAAGACCUAACAGUAGUUCUUGAUUAUUGGAGUACACUAUUAUUAUGAGAGACGGGUCAAAUAUUCUAAUCUGAUCAUCAUGUUGUGUGGUGGAAAAUUUUAUAUUGCGACAGAAUUCUUGAUCAUGUAUUUGAGUUCUUGAUAUCUAAAGUCAUAAAAAAAAUCCUGAAGAUAUUGUGGAUUUUGUGAUUGAAUUAUUAAUCGUAAGAUGUCAUUGAUUAUUGAUUGACUGGUAGGCUGAUGAUAAUAUCUCAGGAUUCAUAAAGAUUUCUUGAGAAACAUUUAGAAGUUCAGAUAUAAGCUAUAAUGAAUUACAGGGCUAUUUCAGUAAAACAUCUUCUUGAGACCUGGACGUUAAUAAAAACAACUUCUAUCGAUGGUUUGAUUAUCUGCCUUAUAUUCCUAAGCAAAUUAUCUCUUUAUUUGUAUGGAUGGUAUCUCUAAAGCAAACCUGAGGUGGAUUAGAUGUUUUACUGGAAUAGGCUCAAGGUGAUGUAGAUGUUUUACUGGAAUAGGCUCAAGGUGAUGUAGAUGUUUUACUGGAAUAGGCUCAAGGUGAUGUAGAUGUUUUACUGGAAUAGGCUCAAGGUGAUGUAGAUGUUUUACUGGAAUAGGCUCAAGGUGAUGUAGAUGUUUUACUGCAAUAGGCUCUAGGUGAUGUUGAUGUUUUACUUGAAUAGCCCUAAACAAAUCUUAGAAACCUGGAGUGGGGUACAUGUUUUACUGAAACAGAACUGGGAAACUUAGGAUGAGAUAAAUGUUUUACUAUGAUGGGCCCGAAACAAAACCUGGAAACCUGGGGAAGGGUAGAAAAGCUGGAAACCUAGGAUUGGAUAAAACUUUUUACUAGAGUGGACCCUAAACAAAACCUGGAAACCUAGGAAUACAUGUUUUACUGGAAUAUCCCUAAAGAGCCUGGAAUUUUGGGUGGGAUAGAUGGUUUACUGGAAUAGGCCUGAAACAAAACCUGGAAACCUUGGGGUGGGAUAUAUAUUACUAGAUUAUCCUGAGGAUUAAUUCAAGAAAUUUGUCUAUGACUGAUUAUGACAAUGUUAUUUAUUGUACACAAGAAUUAUUUUUUAGUUAGUAAAUAGAUUUUCAAAUCAAUGAAAAGCUACUGAAAUAAAGUCCUCAUG